AUGCUCACUCAUCGUCUUGGGAGAAAUACUUACUUAACUUGCCGGUCUUUGCCUGCAACGAGGUUUGGCCAGAAAUGCAACAAUUUGCGAUGGCAGUCUACUGACACGCACGACGGCCUCCCAGUCACCGACACAAAUCGCGCCGAGUUAUCUCAGAAAAGGUUUUGGAAAGAUGUUGGUGUUGAACGUCGUGGAGAGUCCUUAGUUGUAACUCUUGACAAGCGCGCUUUGAAAACUCCUGGCGGACAGACACUCCAAUUGCCCUUAAAUAAAACUCUUCCUGCUGCUCUGGCUGCUGCAGAGUGGGACCAUCAAGAAGUUCUUUUAAAACCUCACGCGUUGCCUAUGACAUCUAUUAUUUCUAGAGCCGUUGAUGCCAUGGUCGAGGAAAAAACUCGUGCUGAAGUCCGAGCCGCUUUGGUCAAGUACAUUCAUACAGAUACCAUUUGUUUCUUCCACGACAACCCCGAACCACUAGAACGACUCCAAUCCCAACAUUGGACGCCACUGCUGGAAUGGGCCAGGAAAACGUUCGAUGUGAAAUUAGAUGUUUCUAACUCUAUCAUGUCUGUGCGUCAGUCAAAAGAAACCGAGGAAAAAAUGUUGAAAGUAAUGGAGUCUUUCGACCAAUGGGAGAUGGCAGCUAUGGAACGCGCCACUUAUGCUGCCAAAUCACUUAUUAUUGCAUUGGCGUUGGUAAAGAACCGCAUAUCUGUAGAAGAAGCUGCUCUUGCUGCCACCGUUGAAGUGAAUAGCCAAAUCGAGAGGUGGGGUGAAGUCGAAGAUAGUUUUGGCUUCUAUCUCCAAAAGCUCCCAUUGCAUUACGCCAUUGGGGCCCUGCAAUACCAUCAGCCGGUAGAAGCACGAUGA